AUGUCUUCUCCCAUCUUUGAGAUAAAGGAACACGCCUUAGAAUGUCAGCAUAUUCGAGAAUAUGCCAGAGCAACAGCGAAUUCACAGGAAGAUGUGUUACGGCUAGCCAUCAAGCAAUAUAUUCCCCUAGAUAACCGAGAGCCCCAAGCUGGUGAUGUCACAAUCAUUGGAACUACUGCAAAUGGCUUUCCCAAGGAACUGUAUGAACCCCUUUGGGAAGACCUACACGCACGUUCAAAAAUCAAUGGUUUCCGGAUACGCAGUAUCUGGAUAGCGGACGUAUCCAACCAAGGAGCCAGCGGAGUACUCAAUGAGCAACUCCUCGGGAACGAUCCUUCAUGGACGGAUCACGCCCGAGAUCUCCUCCACAUGAUCAACCACUUCCGCUCAGAAAUGCCACUUCCCAUUGUAGGGGUAGGGCACUCAUUCGGCGCCAAUAUUCUGUGUAACCUUGCAUUCAUGCAUCCGCGAUUGCUCUCUACAUUAGUUCUCCUGGACCCGGUAAUCCAACAACACGCUUCCACGCCCACGGGACCCAGCCCAGUCCAGCAAUCAACCUUCCGACGUGAUAUAUGGCCCUCCCGCGCCGAAGCGGUAGCCGCCUUCCGCAAGCAGAAGUUUUACCAGACCUGGGACGAAAGGGUCUUCGACCGAUGGUGUAAAUAUGGCAUUCGAGACACGCCAACUAAUGCCUACCCAAAUGAGAACGGGAAUGUGACUCUGGCUACAACCAAGCAUCAGGAGUGCUUCACUUUUAUGAGACCUAGCUGGGAUGCCGUGAGUCCCGACGGCUCUAAAAUAUUACGGCGCGAUCUCGUUCCCGAUUUAUCUUUAGGGCACAAGGUGAUAUAUCCUCUUUACCGGCCCGAGCCAUUUACUGCAGUUUCUCGGAUAGGUGAAUUAAGACCGAGUGUACUUUAUAUAUUUGGCGGAGAUAGUGCAAUGUCGUUACCUGGCGCAAGGAAAGAAAAGAUGGAAAUUACAGGAGCCGGACCGGGAGGUAGCGGCGGCGCGAAAGAAGGGAGAGUCAAGGAAGUGGUUCUAGAAAAGAUUGGUCAUCUCGUUGCAAUGGAGGCGACAGAACUUUGUGCCGAAGCUGCAUCGCAGUGGUUAGGUCAGGAGGUGAAACGGGCUGAGAGUGCCAGGAAAGAGUAUUUGGAAUGGACGAAGCAAAGCUUAUCCGAGAAGCAAACUAUGUCGGAGGAAUGGAAGAAAAUGGUAGGGGGCCCGCCCACAAGGCCAGGCAAGAGCAAAAUAUAA